AUGUGUGCUUUUUCUGUCGGAAGGCCACAAAGGGGAAACAUCCAUGCAGAGUUGGGGCUCCAGUUCAACAACGUGGCGUCACCCGAUCAAAUCCCACAGGCUGAUGCUGUUGCAGACACCUUAAUAAGUGCUCUAAAUAACCCCAACAACACCUUCGGCCUCGCUGUUGAUCCCACCUCCAUCCAAGUGAUUCGCUCAACAACUGGCGGGUCAACAACAACUACCGGGCCGACGACAAGUGGAGGCACCGCAGCUCCCUCACCGGUUGUGGUUCUCGCAGCAACCUUGGAAGAAGCAUUUGUAGAAGAGCUCAACAAUCGCAGCAGCGUACAAUACAGAGAUCUCGAAACACGAGUUGAAACAGCGUUCGACUCCAUCUUCAGUGAGAGAUUUGGCCUCCUUUUCAUCCGCACCUUUGUCAUCGGAUUUCGGCCACAAAGGGGAAACAUCCAUGCAGAGUUGGGGCUCCAGUUCAACAACGUGGCGUCACCCGAUCAAAUCCCACAGGCUGAUGCUGUUGCAGACACCUUAAUAAGUGCUCUAAAUAACCCCAACAACACCUUCGGCCUCGCUGUUGAUCCCACCUCCAUCCAAGUGAUUCGCUCAACAACUGGCGGGUCAACAACAACUACCGGGCCGACGACAAGUGGAGGCACCGCAGCUCCCUCACCGGUUGUGGUUCUCGCAGCAACCUUGGAAGAAGCAUUUGUAGAAGAGCUCAACAAUCGCAGCAGCGCACAAUACAGAGAUCUCGAAACACGAGUUGAAACAGCGGUGCAUACAACUUGA